GUAGCUUCUAGCGAUAACGGAUAAUUCUUCUGUUGCAUAUGGAUGUUGGUAUCUUGCUGAACAAAUUUAAUUUUCUAGUAGGAUCACCAGUUUUCCUGGUAGGCCCACACCUAACCUAACCUAACCUUAUGGUCAUAGAAUCCUGUCGCCUUAAAUUAUUUGUAUGAACAAUGUGACAGAUCGUCAUCUCCGUGAAAGCCAUUAUUCGUUGAAGUUAGAGUAAUUAAUUUUUCAACUUUGGAUACACUGAUGAAGUGGUUGUUUCCGAGCAUUGUGCUGCAUCAGCACUUCAUCCUCGAUCUGCUUUUCGUAAUACUUAACUUCGCGUCUGCUCAACCCCAGUACGCAGAUCAAGAGCCUCCUAGGUUUGACCUGCGCGACACAAAGAAAUAUGUGGACGAGUUAUUGGGCGAUGGCAAGCACGAUAAGGCAAUCCACAUACUGCGCGGCCUCAGUUCACGGGACCUGGAUUCGGCGCAACGGCUUGCAAAAAUUUACAUGGACCUAGCUCGCUACGAAGAGGCUCUCGCACUUAUUCGGGGAGAUAUACUACGUGUGGGUCCGGAUCCAGGGCCGAAUGGGGGCGUUGCCGCGGGAGCCUCGAUAGACGCGGAGGUGAACGCAUCGAGACAUUCUGGAGGCGCGCAACAAUCAAGAAGUACAACAAGUGAUGAAGCUGAUGCCACCUCUGAAGAGGACCAGCACAAACGGCCUGAUGGGGAAGCUGGAGAGACCGAAGACACUGAAAAUGCCAAGAUGAACGAUGAAACAUCCCAAGCUGGAGACGACGCUGAAGAAGAUGAAGCCGAAGCUGGAGAAGGUGAAGCCGAAAGCAAAAGUGAACGACGCCGUAAGAAUGCAAAUCUGAGAGCACAACGCGAGGUAGAGCCUGAGGCAUGGAACAACCUUGGAUGGGCCUACGAACGUCUAGAUCGGCUCAACGAUGCUGUCGAAGCGUAUAUUAUGGCCACAAGAAUACGACCCAUGGUUGCGAACUACUGGUUCAAUCUCGGAACCUGUUUACUCAAGGUAAUUAUUCCUUCCUCUACAUAUCAAUGUCUAUCAUAUCAUCAGACGCGCAUUGAUUUUGGUCCUGCCCGCAACAUCAAUCAUGUUGUUCUAAGCAAUGAGGAUGAAAUUAGUUCUACUAGUUCUGGCAUGACCACCUCGUGCUCGUCCACUAGUACUAAUCUGUCACCAAGAAUUCAAUUAGUACUAGUUUGUUGAAGUAGUAUGAGUAGAACCACUUGCACUUAUUCAGAUAGUUCCACAGGUCGGUCCACAAGCAACGCACCAAGGCAUAGCUUCGCUCGAAAAGGCUUUAGCUCUCUCGCCAAAUGACGCGCAGAUACAAGCCAAUUUGGGGAUCGCGACUCUGAAUUCAGAUUUGUUGGCGAAAUCUCAGACGUCGAAGGCAAAGCAGGUCCUUGCCCAGCUGCAAUGGUCAGAUUAAGGCUACCAAGAGUCGGCUGCUGCUUCUACAUCAACGAACAUGUCUUAUCUGCUCUUUUCAUUGUGAUUACUUAGAGGUGAGGAUGGCUUGUAUACAGUUUCUUUUCACUAUCCUCGAAGGGGAACUCUAUGUCUACUACUACAAGAAUCAAGGAAAUAUUGUUAGUACUACAAGGACCAAGAUGCACAGAGGUGGUCUUUUUGAUGUGGCUGCAUCCGCUGAAUUUCUAAUAGAGAGGGGAGUUCACCGAGGCGGUUUCGUCGUUCGGAAGUGCGGUUUUACUGAGCGGUGGCGAGGACUCCGAUUUGGCGUUCCAGUACGUCCUAGCAAAAUAUCAAACGCGGCAUGUGAUGGACCAUGCUGGGGUGCCGAAACGCAGCGAACUCGCGGCUGUAGAUUGUGAGGAAGUAAGUGGAUCUCAAGUAGAGCUAGAGGUCGAUAAAAAUCCGAAAAACAAGGAUGACGUCGAGGAGAAGAAGGAUGCGGCAAUAUCAUCGAAGGAGCGACAGCGGCGAACGUUUUGCGACCAACAGCGGCGUACUGCGCGUGCUUUUUGGCGCAAAGAAAUCACGAAAGCACUCGCGUUGCGCAAAAGCGCUGACACGUUGCGAUAUCAUGACCAGAUCUUCGAUGCGAGUAUUUUCGCAUUCCUAGUACGUGCGCCCAACGUGAAAAAGGCAAGAAAAAUGCGUCGUGAGGAAAGCGAGCGCUUGCGCCCCAGUGUGGCGCAGAAGAUUGACUUCAUUCGAGGACAGGAGAGUGAUCCGGACUGGCAAGCGAAAUUCGCUCUAGAUUGUGUUGACCGUAUGGGACAGGCAACACCCAAGAGAAACGCCAACAAGGAUCCAAAGUCAUUGUCGGCUUCGAGAAAACUGGCGGACGAAAGAGAACUGGACACAAUCGAUGAUGAGGACGAGGUGGCUUCUGAUGACCAAGAUGGAAAAGCAGCUACCGCAUCUGCGCCAGUACCUUCAGCCACACCAUCUUCCUUCGAGCUUUUCCCGUCAACGUGCGGGUAUGGUGUCAUUUGGGCGACUUCGUGGCAACGUGUGCACAUGCGCCUCGAGGACGGCGUCUUGGGAGAGGAGACGGACUAUCGGCACAUAACAGAAAACUGGGGAGUAGUGGUUGUAGGAGCCGGCAACGGCGGUGGCUGCGCGUUCGCUUGGUUGCGCAAACGGGAGUGUCUUGCUGUCGAUACCCUGUGCGACGUUUUCAAACAUAGCGGAGACAUCUUCUUCUGCCGUGACCCCAAGGUGCCCAGUAGCAGGCUUGUUAAGCCGUUCAGGUUGAAGGGAAAUCCCAACUUGAUGCCGAUAGAGGAUAGUUCUGACAAGGACACGGUUCCUGGCGACCAGCAUGACGGAGAAACCCGAAUCUUGCAGAGGGGCCCGCGUGCGGGACAUCCAGUUAAACUAAACAUCACGGACAUAGGCAUGUUUGAACCCUACAUCAAGUGGCAGGAUUCAGCGACGAUAGCGAAGUUGAGCAAUGCCGACGCUAGCCGCCAACAGGUAAUUGUGGUGAUCCUAGAGCUGUAGCGAUAGAUUGAUGCAAGAAUGGGAAUGAUUCAUUGCUAUUUACUUUUACAAAUACAAGUUCCUACUCGUUGCAAUCUCCUAAGCUAAACAAGUAUUGAAUAAUGCUAGCUGGGUAUUCACCUGACUAAAAUAUUAUAUCCUCGUCUCUCCCUCUCGCUCUCACAGCUCGAUCCUCGAUAUCAGCGGUUUGUGCAGUUGAACAAGGUUGGAACAGUGAUUCUGCAGAGUUUUCAUUGGUCGGCGGAAGCUGUCGAAAGCGAACUAAGGUUUUGGAUAACUAUGCUGCCCUUUAGUGGAGACAUAUUCUUGCUCGAGCGGGACUACCAGAGACACAAAAAGCUCGUCGAUGCGCACUUCAAUUAAGGCUGUUAUCGAAAAUUCAUUAUAAUUCCUAGUAGAUCAUUCGAUGUUGACCUUAGUUUAGAUUCCCUCUCAAAAGAAUGUCAACGUUCUCAUGUUCAUAGUUGUAGUACUACUACUCCCUACUCGUCUGCAACAGACUGAUAUUGCAUUGUCUCCAAUCAUGCAGCAUGUGUAAGGCUGCGUAAGAUUUAUGCCCAUGCCUACAACCGAGACCGACCGACGGCCUCGUCCUAAACUGUCAAUUUACACAAUUCUGUAUACAGCUGCCCCACGUAAAAAAAUCGUUUCUUCUAAUGCAUGCUCCUCCACCGGCAUUCUAUGGAGGUAUCUUGGGUCAGUGAAGAUGGGCAAACCAAGGUAGAGAUGCUGCAACUGCAAAAGAAGAUUGACAAAUUGAAAGACGCCUACGAUAAAAAAGCGCUGGAAGACGUAGAGCGGAUGGAGCGAAGGUGGCGCGAGGAAAAAGAGGAGAAGAACUGGCGAAUAACCCAGAUGGCAGGUGGACGAGGCAGAAGACCCGCAACUGGCGGUGAUCAACCCUCGUCAAAUAGCGCAGAAAAACCUCGUGAGGAGGAUGAUGAUGACGACGCUGAAGUAGGGAACGAAGACGGAACAUAUGACUGGGAUGAACUCUAAUACCAGCUUGGGGCUGGAAAUCUGUCAAUCCUUGCUUUUUCUCCCUAUUCCAUCUUUUCUGUGAGACAGGCACAGACAUGUCCAAGUCGCAACGAUGAAAUCCUUGAUCAUGUUCCUGUGACUCGUUUGUGCAUGCAUGCUUAUUUUCAGGUGAGUAAAUUUCUUCGACUGAUGCACUUCUUCUACUGAUGAUUCUUUGAACUUUUGCCUCACUGACACCAUUAUGUCUACAAGGACACAACCUAAACUUUUCAACCAGCAAAUACGAUAGCGUUUAUUUUAUGCAGUUAUCAACAAUUGGACAUAGCAAGGACGAAGUAUUGGAUGUAGCCUGCAACG